AUGGACCUCAGCUGGAUCUCCAAAAUACAAGUGAAUCAACCAGCGGUUCUGAGGCGUGCACAACAAAUCCAGGCUCGCAGGACCGUGAAAAAGGAGUGGCAAGCUGCUUGGCUCCUGAAAGCUGUUACCUUUAUAGAUCUUACUACACUUUCAGGCGAUGACACGUAUUCCAAUGUUCAAAGGCUCUGUUAUAAAGCCAAGUACCCAAUCCGGGAAGAUCUCUUGAAAGCUUUAAAUAUGCAUGAUAAAGGCAUCACUACCGCUGCCGUCUGUGUGUACCCUUCCCGCGUGUGUGAUGCGGUGAAAGCGCUGAAGGCUGCAGACUGUAAUAUCCCAGUGGCGUCAGUGGCUACUGGCUUUCCAGCUGGACAGACUCAUUUAAAAACACGAUUAGAAGAGAUCAGAUUGGCUGUGGAAGAUGGAGCUACGGAAAUCGAUGUGGUCAUUAACAGGACCCUGGUGCUGACAGGCCAGUGGGAAGCCCUGUAUGAUGAGAUUCGUCAGUUUCGCGAGGCCUGUGGGAAGGCUCAUCUCAAAACCAUCUUAGCAACAGGAGAACUUGGAUCUCUCACUAAUGUCUAUAAAGCCAGCAUGAUAGCAAUGAUGGCAGGAUCCGAUUUUAUUAAGACUUCUACUGGAAAAGAAACAGUAAAUGCCACCUUCCCCGUAGCUAUAGUGAUGCUACGGGCUAUUAGAGACUUCUUCUGGAAAACUGGAAACAAGGUAGGCUUUAAGCCAGCAGGAGGCAUCCGCACUGCAAAGGAUUCCCUCGCUUGGCUCUCUCUCAUAAAGGAGGAGCUAGGAGAUGAGUGGCUGACGCCAGAGCUCUUUCGGAUAGGUGCCAGCGCUCUGCUUUCUGACAUCGAGAGGCAGAUUUAUCAUCACGUGACUGGAAGAUACGCAGCUUAUCAUGAUCUUCCAAUGUGUUAAAUCCGCAACGAAUGCCAGAAAAGUGUUUUUACAACGUUUAAAAAUUAUUUUUCAACAUAAUUACUAAAAUUGCUUAAUUAAGAAGUGGGGGAAUACGUAAAUUACUUUUUUCCCUUAAAAUUUCUGUUAAACUUAAUUCAAAGAAUGAAAGAAAAAUACCAACUAAUCCACAUGUGGUACUCAUUUCAGGCACAUCUGAAAUGCUCUUAAUGGCUAGAUCUGCACUGAUAAUUUUGUGAAAGUUUUCUCUUAAAAACUCUUAGUACCAUGUUAAUGAUAGCUUUGACAACAUUAAAUUCUAAGGAGAAAAAAAAGUUAAAGUGCCCAAGAAACGUGCUCUAGCAAAAGAAUCUGGCGUCCCUGACCCACUGCUGUGCUCUCACCACUUCAGGAGUCAUGGGCUUGGCAUUAACUUCCUGCCAUGAAAAUCUACCUUUAAUUUUUGCAGUGGAUAUGCUCUUUUAUUAAUUGUUUUGUUAAUAAAAUGUCAUUGUUAUAUGGAACUAUGGAUAUCAUUGAAUUUUUUUUAAAUAAAAAAAUUCCUGUAGUUUA